AACUGUGAUCCAUUGUUAUUCUUCAUUAGGUGAAGAGUCAUUGAUAAUCAGUACUGCUCUCUCUCGGAGUCUCUACAGUGGUAAUUCUGGCUUUAAGGAAGUCUACAGGAAAGAAUUAUUAGAACAUUUAAAAACUGACCCUCUUCUCCAAGACCUUCAUGAUGCUGGAAUGGCCGACACCUCUUGACUCAACGCCCCCGCAAUAAUUGCGGAUUAUCCAUAUUUGGGAUCUUGUUCUCAUAUAUGUGACAUUAGUGGUGGACUGGGGUCAUUCCUGUAUGCUGUACUCAGUCAUUAUGAUUUUAAGAUGAAAAGAACUAACUUUGAUCUACCUGAUGUCAUUGAUAAUUCAAAGGAUUAGUGAAAGGUAUGAAUGUUGAGGAACACAUUUCACUUGUGUCUGCAUGGUAAUUUUACUGACAAGCUACCACAAUUUGAUUGUGAUUGUUAUAUUUUAAAGGAUAUUCUUCAGAAUUGGUCAGAUGAAGAUGCUCUGCUGAUAUUAUCUAAAGUUGAAUCAGUUGCUAAGAGAAAUAAGAGUCGUCUUGUGAUUAUUGAGAACAUGAUGCACACUGGACACCAUGCAGAAGAGAAGUUAAAGUCAUUUCUUGAUCUCACUAUGAUGUCAUUCAAUCUGUCACAUUCUUAUCUCCGUACAGUUGAAUUAUUCUUUCUUCUUCAAUCAACAGGUUUCACAGACCAACAGCUUUACUUCACUCAUACUACCUACAACGUCAUUGAAACCUAUCCUAAAACUAAUCAGUGAUGGGUGGAGUCAGGGGCGUGGCUUUAAAUCAUAUAUACCAUAAAUGGAAAUAUUGUUAAUACAAUGAAAUGAUCAUUAAUGUACAUGUG